GGCUGCCGACAGUUGAAGAGCAACUCCCCCCUUACAUCUCUAUCCAUUGACCUACCGUUAUACAUUCGGCCGUUACGAGCCGCUAUUAGUCCUGUCGAUCUUGAUUUCCUGUCGAUGAAAGGUGCCUUCGAGCUACCGCAGGACCACCUCGGCGAAGCACUACUGGACACAUACCUGCAAUUUGUCCACCCAUAUAUUUUAGUGUUGGACCGAGCCAACUUGCUACGUGUCUUCGAUACUAGGUCAGUUCCUUCGGUGGAUUGUGACGAAGAUUCUAAGCUCAGUCUGCUUCUGUACUGGGCAAUUAUCUUUGCAGCUAGCUCACACAUUAAAAUGUCUAUCUUGCAAGAAAUGGGAUAUGACUCGCGUUCAGCAGCUCGCAGGGCACUGUUUCGGAAGACAAAACUACUCUAUGACCUUCAUAUAGAGCAAGACCCUAUCACAUUACUCCAAGCAGUCUUACUCAUGUCAUAUCGAUUCAAAGAGACUGAUAAUCAGCGAGAGCUAUGGUUCAUCGCAGGUUUCUCCACGCCAUUCCUUCAAAGCAUGGAUUUUUCACGCUUGAUUCGGAUCUCAGCGCCGUCAACCAAACGAACCAAGCUACUCCGGAAGAUAUGGUGGAGUUGUUUCGUGCGAGAUACGCUCAUUGCUGAGCAGUUGAUGAGCCCGUCAAAAACCAAGACCGAAGAAAGUGACAUUCCGCUGCUGACUCUCGAUGACUUCGACCUAUCCCGAGAUUCGGAUGAGGCUCUCCGCACAUCAGCCAUUAUCUACAUCGAUCAGACAAAGCUCUGUAUCCAUAUCAAUCGUGUUCUUGAAAUGCACGCCUCCGUCACAGCUCUGAUUUCCUCUGACCCAGCUUUCAGUUACGGUUCCACUGAGGCGGCAAUCAGCGAUUUACUUGCCCGAAAGAUCCGCAUGUACGACACGGAUUUCACAAAGUGGGUCAAUGAUUUAAGUGAAGAAGCAAAACUGAACGAGUCCACUGCUGGCGAUUCUAGCUUGCAGCUUCAGCAGACCCUACUACAUAUGACGUACCUUAUUGGUUUGAGCAUCUUGCAUCGACCUCUAGUCCUCCCUUCAAAGUCAGAGGUGGCGCUCGCAAGACACAUAAAUAUCAGUAUCCGAACACUCUCGAAGGACCGGUUACACCACAUCGCAACUCAGACGACAGUGCUAGCCAAGACUAUACUGCAACAGCAGUUCUGUGAAUAUAUGCCACCCUACAGUAUAACCCUUCUAACUACCGCCAUCACCGUUCACUUAAUGGAUAUACAAUUUGGCCACAGCGCGGCCGUUGAACGGCUACGGAAGGAAGUUGGCAUAUGCGUCAGACUCCUCGAAGACCUUCGGGAGAUAUAUGCCGAAGCUGAC